UAGUACGACAGUUUUGUUGCGACUGUCAACUUGGCACUGUCUUUCUCACUGGCAAAAACAUUAGCAUUCAGAGAAUGCAAUUUUCUAGCGGCAUAGUGCUAGCGUUGUGUAUUUUGUUUGUCGAAGGGCAAAACAUCGCAAAGGAAAAAUGCUCCAAGUAUCUAGACUUGACAAAACAAAAAGCAUCGAUUUUGUUUCUUUCGGCAAUCCCAAAAGUUGAAAAAGUGGAGAGCUCAUUAUGCUCAAAAACCGUCGAUUUGAUCGUAGGUGGCAAGGAUGCGAAUCCUGGCGAGUUUCCCCAUCAGGCCGUUCUAGGUUGGGCUCGGAGAGAUGACAAAGAGCAAUACGAUUUUUCCUGUGGAGGAUCACUUAUUAGCGAUCGGUUCGUGCUGACCGCUGCACAUUGUCUUAAGAGAGGACUUCCUGAAAUCGUGCGUCUUGGGGUGAACGAUAUAUCCGACGAGUAUGAAAAUUUUGUUGAAAUUGAUGUUGAGCAAGCUAUCAGACAUCCAAGUCAUAAUUACAAAAGGAGCUACCAUGAUAUUGCGUUGGUCAAGAUGGCAAAACCGGUCAUUUUUUCAAAAACCAUCAGACCGGCUUGUUUGUGGACUGAAUCUCAGAAAAAGGUGUCUUCUGUCAUUGCUACAGGAUUCGGACUGACUACAAAUAAUGGUGUUCCCUCAAAAAUCUUGCAAAAAGUUUCGCUGGACAUCCUCACCAAAGCUCAUUGUGCCCAAUACAACGACAGAAGUAAAUUCAACCGAAACAUCGCUAACGAGCAGUUGUGUAUUGGCAGCGUGGCUGGACGCAAAGAUACCUGCUCAGGAGAUUCCGGAAGUCCGGUGCAGGUGCUGCUAGAUGAAAAGGAAUGCGUUUACCACGUGUUGGGCGUGACCUCGGUGGGAAAGGCGUGUGGUAUUGGAAUGUCUAGCGCGAUUUACACCUACGUGGCACCGUACAUCAGAUGGAUCGAGCAGACUGUUUGGGGACAGUGAAGAAUUAUAAUUAUAAUUAUCUGACAAUAAAAAUAUUCAAACAGUGUGCUAA